AUGGUUUAUCUACAAGAAUCCACAGAUAUAUCAGAAGAGGAACUGCUAAAGCAACUGAAAAGUCAGGGUGUGACAGCAGUUCGAAAAAUCACUAAAUUUAUCAAAAAACAAAAAGUGAAUACGCCGAUGAUGGUCUUGACAUUCGGUAGUACUAGAUUGCCAAAAGAAAUAUAUUUUGGAUGGAUUAAAGUGUCCGUACGAACAUACUACGACAGUCCAAUUUUUUGCAAAAACUGCCUCAAUUAUCGACACACUAAGAAACGAUGUGAUCAGCCCAGCCGAUGCACACGUUGUGCUGGAGACCAUUCGAAUAAAGACAACAAUUGCAAUGAGGUUUUUCGCUGCCCGCAUUGCCCCGAAGGUAAUAACGAGCAUUCCGCGGCGGGACGUAAAUGUCCAUUAUAUCGCCAUGAGGAAGCGGUCAUCCGUUGCAAAACGGAUGAGUCAAUUUCCUGGGCUGAAGCUCGGAAGAGGAUUGGCCCGCUAAAUGCCAGACCCACUUAUGCGUCGGUUACCGAUGCUGACAGUGCUCAAAAACACAAGAUCAUUGAAAAUCUGAUGGCAAACGUACAAAAACUCACUGCUCACAUAGAACAACUGACUAAAGAAAAUCGUAAAAUGGCAAUGGAUCACAAAACAUUCAAGGAAAAAGUACAAAACUAUUUCCGAGAAAAUAACUUGUCUGCAUCAAUGACGACACCCGCAAAAGAUCGCAGUCGAUCUGUUACCCCUAUGAGCCGAUCUGAAAACUCAACAUCCACCACAAAUCAACAACAAGAACAAGAAAAUGCUUCGUUUCAAGCGCCAAAACCAUUCACCAGGCAGUCAAGAAAGGCACAAGCUAAUCCAACUGUAAGCCUCCCAACAGAGAAAAAGAACACUGGAAAACGAGGACCACAAUCUCCCCUGGCAGAAAAAGUAUCCAAUAAAAAUGUGAAGCAAAGCAGAAACCAAGAAGAAGACAGUACAGAAGAAGUUCAACUCUCGUCCGAUGAAGAAGCAGAAGAAUAUACGAACAAAACCGCCAAAGGAAAAUUUUUUCGUAGCCAAUAG